AUGGGGUGUGGAUCUGGUAAACCCGUAGAAGUGGACAAUCCAAACAAGAUUAAGGAUGUAGCUCAUUUCUAAAUUUCUUCGUCAGGCAUGGUUGCUGAAAAACAAGGAUCAAUAACAAAUGAGUAUACUCUCCUUAAACCUCCUAUUGGAAAAGGGGCAUUUGGAGAAGUCAGAAAGGCCAUUCACAAAGUCACUAAUCAAAUUAGAGCUGUAAAAGUAAUUUCGAAAGAAAAAGCAAGCAAGGUAGAAGUGGAAAGAUUGAGAAUAGAGAUUGAAAUCUUAAAAAGAUUAGAUCAUCCAAACAUUAUAAAAAUUUAUGAGUUCUAUCAAGAUCAUAAAAACAUCUAUAUCGUGACAGAAUUAUGUACAGGUGGAGAACUCUUCGAUAAAAUUCAAGAUCAGCAGGCCUUCUCCGAGAGAAAGGCAGCAGAGACUAUGAAACAGGUUCUUAGCGCUGUUAAUUAUCUACAUAAAAGUAAGAUAGUACAUAGAGAUUUAAAACCAGAGAACAUUUUAUAUGAAGCAAAUAAACCCUAAGCAUUACUAAAGAUAGUGGAUUUUGGUACUAGUAGGGUGUUUGAAACAGGUUAUAAAAUGAAUCAGAAAUUGGGAACACCUUAUUAUAUAGCACCUGAAGUUUUGGAGAGAAAAUAUGAUGAAAAAUGUGAUGUAUGGUCUUGUGGUGUGAUAUUGUAUAUUUUGCUUUGUGGACUUCCACCAUUUAAUGGAGAGGAUGAGGAGGAGAUAUUAGAAAAUGUUAAAGAGGCCUAAUUAACAUUUGAUGGAGAAGAGUGGAAUCAAAUUUCGUAUGAAGCCAAACUACUGAUCAAAAAAAUGUUAGAGAGAGAUCCAAAAAAGAGGAUUAGUGCUGAAUAAGCUUAAAGAGAUCCGUGGAUAACUACUUAUGUUAAAAAGACUGAGAUGAAUUUACCUUAAUUAACAAAAGUUCUCAAUAAUUUAAGAAAUUUCAGAGUGGAAAAAAAAUUCUAAGAAGCUGCUUUAACUUUUAUGGUCAAUCAAAUGACUACAAGUCAAGAGAAAUAGGAAUUAUUGUAAUAAUUUUAGGCACUCGAUCUAAAUGGAGAUGGAAGACUCUCAAAAGAGGAAUUAGUCAUUGGAUAUUCGAAAGUGAUGAGUUAUACUGAUGCAGAGUUGGAGGUUACCAAAUUAAUGAAGUACAUAGAUUAGGAUAAAAAUGGAAGCAUUGAUUAUUCAGGUUGGAAGUAUUAACUAAAUUUAGAAUUUGUUUUGGCUACAUUUAACAAGGUGAAACUAAUAGAAGACGCAAGAUUAGAAUAGGCAUUUAAAAUGUUUGAUAAGGAUGGAAGUGGCUCGAUAUCCAUCGAUGAAAUCAAAGGCAUUUUUGGAAGCAAUGAAGCAGCGGUUAGUGAUGAUGUCUGGAAAGAAUUGUUGGCUGAAGUGGAUGCAAAUGGUGAUGGUUCUAUUUCCUUUUAAGAGUUUAAAGAAAUUAUCAUAAAGGCAAUCAAUGCUAAUAAUCCAGAUUAAAAGGCUUUAAAGUGA